AACAGAAAUGCACAACAAACAAAUCGCUGAACAAUAGAGGAGCAAACGAAAGAGGAAGAAGAGAGUGAAGAGAAGCUUGGAUUCUAAGCGCAUAGAGGGAGAGAGAAUGGUGAACUACUCGCUGAUGAUCACCGCGGAGCUGGAGAACCUCACUGAUCUUCAGCCUCAAGGCGGCUGUGACGACCCUAGCGUCAACUACUACUUCAAGCUGAAAUGUGGGAACUGUGGUGAAGUGACACCAAAAGAGGUUUGUCUUUGCCUGACUGAUGUAGUUCCUCAUGGCAAAGGCAGUACUAAUCUUGUUAAGAAGUGCAAGUUCUGUUCAAGGGAAGGAACUGUGACCAUGAUCACUGGCCGAGGGCGUCCACUGACGCAGAUACAAAGUCAAUUUGGCCAUUUUACUCCCCUGAUGGUGUUUGACUGCAGGGGUGUUGAGCCUCUGGACUUUUCUUUUGGUAGUGGAUGGCAGGUUGAAUCUAUUGAAGGAACAAAGUUUGAUGGUGUUGAUUUGUCUGGAGGGGAAUUUGUUGAGUAUGAUGAGAAGGGAGAGUGUCCAGUCAUGAUUUCCAACCUCCGUGCCAGUUUCGAUGUUCUUAAGUAGUGCCCAUUUGUGCAUCCAGCUGCGUAAAUAUAAGUGGUACAGACUAACAGUUUCUUGCAAUUUCUGUUCAAAAUGGAAGAAUAUCAACUGCAGCUUGUGAUGUUUGGAAUGAGCUGCAUAGUAAUGUACGCUAUGUUCAAGAUAUGCUACUGGACUAUGUGGGUUGCCACUGUUAAGAGUGUUGACAGACUUAAAGAAAACUUCUCAUGGAACAUAUUUCCAGUAUUUCUUCACUUCCGACAUUGCUUAUUCCUAUAAUGUGUCGUUCUGAUCAUGGAUGGAUGCUGAAAUUUGAUGAAAAGUUCAUUGAGUUUUUUUAUA